UUUUGUCUCUUCCCGGGCGCGCAGGCGUGGCGUGUGCGCCUGCGCGGCUCGAGGCGGUUACAUUUGAACGGUCGCGCUGAAGAAGCCGCGGAGCUUAUGGUAGCGUCGAUCCCGGCCGGAACUGAAUCCCCGCCGCGAGCGGCCCGACGUUCCUCGCGGGCCCUGGCCAACAGAGCUGUUGUUACCUGAAAAGUUAACUCUUCAAAGAUGGAUCGAUUUUGCCCAGAGCCUAGUGAGGAAAAUAACCGUAAAGAACAGACUGGCCUAAGGCGGCGUUCUUCAAUUUUGAAACCCCCACGUAGUCCUCUUCAAGACAUAAGAAGUGGAAAUGAAAUUAGUCAGGACUUCAUCACUACAAGAAGUCGGAAAAGCUCUCGUCGGGUCAGCUUUGCAGAAACCAUUAGAAUAUUCCAGACAGAAGUUCCUACAGAAGUUAAAGAAGAGUCAAAAAAUACAGGAAUAGCUGUGGGAGAAGAAGUUCCAUUUAAACAAGCUAAAGAACCAGAAGAUAAAAAAUAUGAAAUCAUUGGAAUGGAAACACUGCUUCGUGCUCCUAUUCAGGUCCAGCUGCAGCAGCCAGAGGGCUUGGAAAUGGAACCUGCUUAUGAAAAAAAGUAUGGAAAUGAUCAAACAGUCAUCUUCUCAGAUGAAAAUCAAAUGGACUUGACAGCUAGUCAUACUGUGAUGAUUACAAAGGACCUCUUAAGUUGCCCUGAAAUGGGAGAGUCCUCCAAAAUAGACACCAGAUCCUUUCUGGCUAACUUAAAGUCCCACACUGAAGAUGUAACCAAGAACAAAGAAUUUAAUUUGUCCACUGAUUCUGAAAGGAUAGCUGACAAAUGUUCUUUUCAAUCUAAGACAAGUAUCUCUUCAGAAGAUAAAGUUAAUUUCAAUGACUUCAUAAAAAGAUUGAAAUUAGAAAAACCUAUGAAUUCCUAUACUGAAGGACCUGAUAAAGAAAAUGUCUUUAUAGCCCAUAUCCCUUCUAAAGAACCAAACAAUGAUGCCUUUUCUCUGCCAAAGUAUGUAUUUCCUACUGCAGAAAAGAAUAGUCACCGUGUUACUAAACUCUUUAGAGAACAAGGUGAUGGAAAGUAUAUCACCCAGUGUCAUACAGACAAUAUUCAGUCCUUGGAUUCUAUUCAAGGUGAUAAGACAAUUUUCUUUUCUAGUAAUGAUAAUGCCAUGGAAAUGACCAAAAGUCUUACACCUAAAAGAGAUGAUAAAAGUGUAUAUAUCAAUAAUUUAACUCAAAUGUAUUCAAAUCCAGAGAAUGCUAUCUCUGCUCCUAUGGAUAAAACUGUUUGUUCAGAAGAGGUUGAUAUGGACAUUACUAAGAGUAACACAGUUGCCAUACAUGAUCAGAUUAUAGAAUUAUGUCCAACUGAUGUCCAACAAGUUCCUUCUCUACCAAAUCUUGAGAAUAAGCUACUAUUUCAGGAUCAGGAGACUGUUUCAGAGGAUAUAAAACAGAAUUCAAACUGCAGUUCAGUUUAUGUAACUAGGACACAAUUACAGCAGGAUCUGACAAAUCCUUUAAAUGUUUCAUUGUCUGGUAACAAGACUGUUGUCUUAGGUGAAGAUAUGGAUUUGACUAACUGUUUUACAGUCAAGAUUGAUAACAGCAAUUUAGGAACUCAGUUACCUCUGACCUCAGCUAAUGUUUUGGCUCCUGUGAAAACCAAAAAUCCUCUUUCUUUCAGUAAUGAACCUUUAUCUAGUUUAGAAACAUGGGGAAAAAUGGAUAUAACUAAAAGUCAUGCUGUACCUAUUAAACCUCACAAUGAUGACGUUAUUGUACAACAAAAACUGGGACCUAAAAAUACUCAAACAGAGUCCUGUGUCAAAGAUGAAAAAAUGUUGGAAUGUUCAUCCUAUCCUAAUAAAGAUAUUCUUCAUUCAAGUGUUUAUGGAAUGGAUAUAACAAAAAGCCAUACCAUAGCUGACUGUGGUGAAAAUCUCGAUAGAAAAAUAGCGUUGGAAAACACUGAAAAUAUACAUUUUCACAAGCAGUCUUGGUUAUCCAAGGUAAAACCAAUAGCUUUUUCAUCAGAUGACGACAUGAAAAGGCAUACUAUUGACAUUAAUGCCUGUACACUGAAAUCUACACUUGGACAGAAUUCUAGACUCUCUGAACCACUGGGAAAAGAUGCCAAUACUUCUCUUGCCUUUUGUCGUGACAAGACUCUUAUGUUUUCAGAACAACAACAAAAUAUGGACUUAACUAUGAGUCAUACUGCUGUUAUUGGGAUAUCCUGUCCUUUAGUACAGGAGUCUGGAAACACAGCUGUACAAAACAUCAAUCUGCAACAGUCUGAGUUGCAAAAUAAUGCCAAUUUACUUUCUAAUUUAUCAGUCAUGGAUUUUGUUAGAAGUAAUGCUAUGGUCAUACAAAUGGAAGAGCCCUCCAAAAUAGAUACCAGAUCCUUUCUGGCCAACUUAAAGUCUCAAACUGAAGAUGUAACCAAGAACAAAGAAUUUAAUUUGUCUACUGAUUCUGAAAGGAUACCUGAUAAAUGUUCUUUUCAGUCCAAGACAAGUACCUCUUCAGAAGAUAAAGUAAAUUUCAGUGACUUCAUAAAAAGAUUGAAAUUAGAAAAAUCUAUUAGUUCCUAUACUGAAGGACUUGAUAAAGAAAAUAUCCCUUCUAAAGAAGCAAAUAAUGAUGCCUUUUCUCUGGCAAAGAAGUAUUUAUUUCCUACUGGAGAAGAAAAUAGUCACCAUGUCACUAGGCUCUUUGGAGAACAAGAUGAUGGAAAGGAUAUCGCCCAAUGCCAUACAGACAAUAUUCAGUCCAUGGACCUUAUAGCCAGGGAAACUCUUUUGAGGCCAGCGGAAGGAUGUGACUUGACAGUAUGUGACAACGACUGUAUGGAUUUUACAGUUAACCACACUGCCCAAAUUUUCCUUUCUACAAAUAAUAUAUCUGGGAUCAAGGAUCAAAUUCAGAGUGAAAUUGUAGAUGUCACAAAAGGAGGUAAUACUACUAAAAAUCUAGGAACAAAGGGAAUCUAUAGAAACCAACAGAAUGUUCCAUGUCAAGACCCUUCAGGAAAUCUUGAGGAUGAAAUAGAUAUUACCAGAAGCCACACUGGGAUGGCAGAUACUCACCCCACAUCACAGACUUCCAACCAAGGCUCUCUGACAUUGGCUUUAGCCCCAGAAUCUACAUGUUCUGGCCAAGCUGAUAAGACAAUUUUCUUUUCUAGUAAUGAUGAUGCCAUGGAAGUGACCAAGAGUCUUACACCCAAAAGAGAUGAUAAAAAUGUAUGUAUCAGUAAUUUAACUCAAAUGUAUUCAAAUCCAGAGAAUGCUAUCUCUGCUCCUAUGGAUAAAACUGUUUGUUCAGAAGAGGUUGAUAUGGACAUUACUAAGAGUAACACAGUUGCCAUACAUGAUCAGAUUAUAGAAUUAUGUCCAACUGAUGUCCAACAAGUUCCUUCUUUACCAAAUCUUGAAAAUAAGCUACUAUUUCAGGAUCAGAAGACUGUUUCAGAGGAUAUAAAGCAGAAUACAAACUGCAGUUCAGUUUAUGUAACUAGGACACAAUUACAGCAGAAUCUGACAAAUCCUUUAAAUGUUUCAUUGUCUGGUAACAAGACUGUUGUCUCAGGUGAAGAUAUGGAUUUGACCAACUGUUUUACAGUCAAGAUUGAUAACAGCACCUUAGGAACUCAGUUACCUCUGACCUCAGCUGAUGUUCUGGCUCCUAUCAAAACCAAAAAACCUCUUUCUCCCAGCAGUAGACCUACUUCUCAAACUGUUCAACAGAUUCCAUUUCCACUGAAAGAGGCAUUUAAUUCCUUCUUGCAAGACAAAGGUGAUCUACAGUCUGAAAAACCAUUUGGUAACUGCCAGAAUUCAUUAUCCCAACCUGAGAAUCACACAGUAGCUAAUGCAGAUGUGAGCCCAGAGUAUGCUCAUCAAUCACUGCUAGCCAUGAAAUUAGUUUCGACGAAUUCACUCUUGCCUUAUCCUUCAGAAAAGACUAUUAUUUUUGCCCCUGAGCAAGAUAAUAUGGACUUGACUGAAAACCAUGAAGUAAUUAUUCAAACUGGCAACACAAAGAUACCUGCUGAUGAACAGCAGAAGCAGAAAUACAAUGAGGCUUCUAUGAGACAUGAGAAAUUACCAAACUUAACUCUCUCAUCUUUGAAUAAGAAAAGGAUGACUGAAAUUAUGGGGAAUAGUUUGGAGAUCAAUAGAAUCCAUACAGUUGCAGAAGACAAAGCAGAUAUAGAAGUACAAGGAAAAAACAGGAUCACAGAUAAAACAAUAGUGUUUGCAGAUAAUCAGGAUGAACUAGAAAUUACUAAGUCCCACACAGUUGUCAUUGAUUACCAAACCAUGGAGAAGAAGCAAGAUAGAUCUCAUUUUAAGGACUCUAGAAGGAAAAGUCUAGGCCAGCCUAUGAUGAUGUUUGCUCCUAAUGAUCAGACAGUUUUCUUUUCAGAGGAGGGUGGGAAUGAUUUGGAUCUCACUAAGAGCCACACAACAGUCAUAAACAGCCAGAUAGUGUCACAAGGAGAUGACCAUAGGAAUAUUCCUGUAAACCAGACUAUAUUGUUUACAUCCAGUAAUGAUAUGGAAUUAACUAAAUCAACCUCUUGUAUGAUUGAUAAAAUGGUAGAAAGGUCCAGAUUGGAAAAUGCACAACUAUUAGACAAAUCUAGGGAAAGUAAAAGCAUGAAUGACCUCUACAGUAACAAAACUGUUGUAUUUCCAGCGGGUGAUGAGAAUAAUAUGGAAAUUGCCAGUGCUCUUAAAAAAGAAAGAAACCACAGAAAUGUCUUAGAAGGUAAACAGGAUAGUUGUCUGGAUCCUUUAGCUACAGCUUCCAAAACUGUCUUGUAUAGAGGUGAACAAGAUGACAUGGAGAUCACUGAUAUCAUUAAAAGUCACAUUUUUGCAGCAGACCAUGAAACUGAUUUACAAGAUAUAAAAACCAACAGGAAAAUGGAUAAAACAGUGGUGUUUGCAGAUAAUCAGGAUGAGUUAGAAAUUACCAAAUCCCAUACUGUUGUCAUUGAUUACCAAAUUAUGAAGAAGACACAAGAUAGAUCUCAUCUUAAGAGCUCUGGGAGGAAAAGCUUAGGUGGAUCAAAGAUAACAUUUGCUCCUAAUAAUCAGACUGCUUUUUCUUCAGAGGAAGGUGAGAAUGAUUUAGAUCUCACUAAAAGCCAUACAACAGUAACAAACAGCCAGAUAGUGCCACAAGAAAAUGAACAUAAUAGUAUUCCUAACAACAAAACUGUAACAUUUACAUCCAGCGAUGACAUGGAAUUGACUCAACUGACCACUUGUAUUACUGACAAAACUAUAAAGCAUCCUGAGUUAGAUAUUGCACAACAGUUAGAAAAACCCGAGGAGAAGAAAAUGAUAAAUAAACUCAAUAGUGACAAAACUAUUAUAUUUUCAGUGAGUGGUGAGAAUGAGAUGGAAAUUACCAACACUUACACAAUGGAAAUAAACCAAAAAGAUGUUCUUGAAAGUGAACAAAAUAGUAGUUUGGUACCUUUAGCUACAACUUCCAAAACUGUUCUGUAUAGAGGUGAACAAGAUAACAUGGAACUCACUGACAUCACUAAAAAUGAUAUUUUUCCAAUGGUCUGUGAAGUUAAUUUACAAGAUGUAGGAACCAGUAAAAUAAUAGAUAAAACAGUGAUAUUUUCAGAUAUUCAAGAUGAGCUAGAAAUUACCAAGUCCCACACUGUUGUCAUUGAUUACCAAACCAUGGAGAAGCAGCAAGAUAGUUUUCAUCUUAAAAACUCUAGAAAGAAAAGUCUUGGCCAGCCUAUGGUGAUGUUUGCUCCUAAUGAUCAGACAGUUUUCUUUUCAGAGGAGAGUGGGAAUGAUUUGGAUUUCACUAAGAGCCACACAACAGUCAUAAACAGCCAGAUAGUGCCACAAGGAGAUGACCAUAGGAGUAUUCCUGUAAACCAGACUAUAUUGUUUUCAUCCAAUAACGAUAUGGAAUUAACUAAAUCAACCUCUUGUAUGAGUGAUAAAAUGGUAGAAAGGUCCAUAUUGGAGAAUGCACAACUAUUAGACAAAUCUAAGGAAAGUAAAAGCAUGAAUGACCUCUACAGUAACAAAACUGUUGUAUUUCCAGUGGGUGAUGAGAAUAAUAUGGAAAUUGCCAGUGAAAGAAACCACAAAAAUGUCGUAGAAGGUGAACAGGAUAGUUGUCUGGAUCCUUUAGCUACAGCUUCCAAAACUGUUUUGUAUAGAGGCAAACAAGAUGACAUGGAGAUCACUGAUAUUACUAAAAGCCACAUUUUUGCAACAGACCAUGAAGCUGAUUUACAAGAUACAGAAACGAACAGAAAACUGGAUAAAACUGUAAUGUUUGAUGAUAAUCAGGAUGAGCUAGAAAUUACCAAGUCUCAUACUGUUGUCAUUAAUUACCAAAAUAUGGAGAAGACACAAAAUAUGUUUCCAAGUAAGACAAAAACUGAUAACUUUAAAAAGAAUAGCCUAAUUGGAGAACAGGUAACAUUUGUUCCUAAUAAUGAGACUGUUUGCCUUUCAGAUGAAAAUGGUAAUGAUAGAAAGUUCACUAAAAAUCAAACAGUAAUAGAAAACAGAAGUUUUCUUCAGGAUGAACAGCAGCAGUCUGCAUUACCUUUUUUUCCUGCAGAUAAAACUAUUAGGUUUACAGGUGAUCAGGAUGUAAUGGAAAUAGAUAGACCUCAAAGCACUGUUAUUAAUGGAAAAACUUUGGAGAAAAUUAUUAAUCAGGAUCAUGUAUUAGAAACGACCAAAAAAGAAGUAUGUCCUUUUGAUAGUACAAUUUUAUUGGGAAAAAUAACUAAACCUAAAUCUGAAACAAUCCCAUUUAAGUGUCCAAACCGUCAAGCAGAAGCUUUCACUGAUGAUGGCGAGCAAAGACAAAGAAGUGAAUCCUUUAGGGAUAUUUUAUUUGUUGACACUCAUCCUCAGUUACUAAGCCACUCAAUUUCCCUACCAGAAAAGGAACAAUAUAUUGUCAGUAAAGAUAAACUAAUGCAACCAGAAGCAGAAAAUGGAAAUUUGGAAGUUGCUACAGGAAACUCUUGUGCACAUAACUAUGAAAACAAACCUAAAAUGUUGCAUCAUGAUAGAGAACUUACUACAGUCUCAGAAAAAGAACUAAAACAAAAUGUACAAAUAUCUGAAUGGAAAGCAACUAUGGAAAUCCAUACUAACUCAGACUCAGGUAUAGAAGUACAUCAGCCCCAUGCCAUUCCUUCUAAAUUGUCAAAUCCUGUGUUUUCAUCUCAAGCUGUUAGUAUUGCUAAUACUGAACCAAAUUUGAAUAAUACAGUCAGGAGAUCUGAAAUUUUUUCACAAUCUCAAAAUAGUCAUAUAACUACCCUUGUAGAACAGUUACCCAAAUUGGGAAAACAAGCAGAAGACACUAUGGAUAAAUCUCAGAUCACUGAACCACAAAACACAAAAAUAGAAACCAAUAAUGCAAAGAACACUAAAGACAGAAAAACAUGUUCUUAUAAUGGGGAUGCAUCUGAUUCUUUACCCUUAAAGGCUGUUGUAAAGGAUAAAAUUAAGGCAAAAAGAUACUCUUUGGGAAUCUUCUUACCCAAACUGCCAAACAAAAGAAAUUGCAGUGUUACUGGUAUGGAUGCCUUGGAGCCUAAUUCAAUAGGUGUAACUGACUUAAACAUUUUAACAACUCAACCAGUCAAUAAGAAAAAUUCAAAUUUGAUAUCAAUGUUAACAGAGUCUCAUUUGAGUCCCUCUCAGUAUAUAAAUGAGGAGCACCCUCCUCUAGAUCCAGAAGAGAGUAACUCCUCCGAAUCUGUUAGCAUUGAAACCAAGGAAAAGGCUUUGAUUGAAACUUGCCAACAACCAUCUGAAAGUACAGUGAAGGAAAUCUUCAAUAGUCAGAAAAGACUUUUAGUCCAAGGUGAAGAUGACAGUGUUCCCAGUGAAAAGAAAGUUCGUAUGGAUGAGACUAGUCUUAAUAAUUCAGGCCAAGCUCUCCAGGCAUUUGAUACCCAUAGAGAAGAGCAGAUGGAUAAAAAUCCUUCUAGUACAUUGAUGAAAAGUCUCAACAGAACUCCAUCUAGUUGUUCCAGUUCCUCAGAUUCUAUCAGAGCUGAUGGGACAUCCAUGAGUUACAGCAUGCAGCUGAACAGUCAGAUGGAAUCACAAUUUCUUAUGGACCCCAUUUGUGAAAAGAGCUUGAAGGAGAAACUCUAUGAGGGUAGGAUCACAGUAAGAGAGUUCUUUACACUUCUGCAGGUCUACAUCCUAAUUCAGAAACCCCGACAGAGUAAUCUUCCAGCCAAUUUUGCUGUAAAUGUGCCAUCUACACCAAAAGAUGUAAUGUUAAGUCAGUAUGUUUACUGGCCCAAAGUACAGAUUUAUAAAGAAGAUUGCCAGGCUCUCCAUCAAAAGAUUGACACAUUAAAACUCCGUGCUUUGAAACAGGAAAAACUACUGGUGGAUGUAAAUAGGAGCCUGUGGGAAGUAAUGAAGGACUGCUCUGAUGAAGAGCUGAAAACAUUUGGAGUGCAUCUGAACAAAAUGAAAUCACGUUUUGCCAAGAAGACUAAAGUUUUUGCUCACCAAGGGAAAGUGGUUUUGUAUAGCAAAUUGGUAAAAUCAGCCAAGAUUGAAUGGGAGAAACUUCAGACAAGGAUGGAUAAGAUGGAUUCUGUACUCAAAGAAGUGGAUACCUGUCUUGCUGCUCUGGACCAGGAAAUUAAGAAUUUGGACAAGAAUAAAGAAGAUAUCCAGACAGAAUGGGAUUCUGAAAUGUUAGCUACAGAGAAAGAAUUAGAACAAUUACAAGCUGAAGAAGAGAAACUCAAGAGGAAUAUAUCAGAAUUGGAGAUCCAGAGCCAGCAGGCACUUGCCCAAAUAAACAGUCUACAAAGAGAAGCAGAUAGAACUAAGGAAUGCCUGGAAAAAUUCAACUUCUCAGAGUGGGAGAUUAUUGAAUGGAGUGAUAGCCAGGCUAUAUUCACUUUUCUUUAUGACUCAAUAGAGCUCACCAUCACCUUUGGAGAGCCUGUGGAUGAUCUUCCUUUCCUGAGCAAGGCUUGCAGAAAGAUUAUUGGUGUAAACUUUGAAACUCUGCUGCAUGAAAACAAAGCUCCCCCAUCAUCACUGUUAGUGCAUAGACUCAUUUUUCAGUUCAUUGAGGAUCAGGAAUCAUGGAGGAAUAAAUGCAUAACCCAGCAUCAUGUGCCUAAGAUGCUACAAGAGAUUUCAUUGGUAGUAAACCGUUGCAGACUCCUGGGAGAAGAGAUUGAAUUUCUAAAUAGAUGGGGACCAAACUAUAAUCUUAUGAACAUAGAUGUGAACAAUACUGAACUAAAGCUCUUAUUCUCUAGCACUGCUGCUUUUGCAAAGUUUGAAUUGACACUGACUCUUUCAGCCCAUUAUCCAUCUGUCCCAUUAUCUUUCACCAUUCAGAACAUCAUUGGGAACGUUAGCCAAGAUCAAAUUGCUGCCAUUUUGUCUAAUGUGCCAUUGGAUAACAACUAUCUGAAGACAGCAAUCAAGUGCAUUUACCAAGAUCUCCUCCAAGGCCCUCAACUUCAUCACUAGAACCACCACCAGAACAACUAUAAAUAACUAUAUUUUUCCAUCAUGUGCUGUUCAGCUUUAAUUCUGAUAUAUUGGAAGCAAACUUGAUAGACCUCUUGCUAGUUAUAUUAUUUUUAUAUUUAAACUACUAUAUUCUAGGAUUAUGUUCACCUCUUUAUCAGCCUCUCUUUCUUCCAUUCACUAACAGCACAAUAAUAUGCUAGCUAUGCUAAGUCAAUUGGAUACCUAGAAGAAAAUGUCUUUAAAUUGUACUGGAAUUCUGGACUCUGAUGAGCACCAUGGGAUAUGAGAAGAAAAUUAUUUCAGAGAAAAUUUUCUUCUGCUAUCUCCAGAUAUUCUGACUUCUACUUGACAGCUUGUUUCUAGUAUAGAAAAAUUGUAUUUCCCAACAUUGAGACAGUGCUAAAGACUACCAAGCUCAUUUCUCUCCAUUUCAGGAAUAUUACUUCCAAAACAGAAACCAGUGAACUUACAGUUUUUGAAAUGGUUCAGUCUUUUCCAGAGGGAUUGUCUUCCUCUAAUUGUUAUCAUAUAGUGUCUGCUGGUGGUAGCAAUUGUCUUGACUAUUUAAAGUGUAUUCUAGUGUUCAUUUUCACCUAGGAUUGUGUAAAUACUAAUUUGUGGUACUUAAAUGAUAUAGUAAUACAUAGGUUGGUGCCCUUCUUUUAGCCUAGGCUGUCAGCCUUUUUCCAUUUUGCUGGAGAUUGCUUUAUGACAAGAUUACCAUCUUUUUGUUAAAUCACCUUUAGUCUUCAUUUAACUACAUAUCACACCAUAACUUCUACUCAAUUCUGAGACAAGUGGUAAUAACAAAAGCCCCAGUUCCACUCCAGAAAUUUAAUUUUUAAUUAUAAAAUGAAUGGUAUGGCAUUGUGAGGUAUACAAAUUUAGACCCAAAACCAAAAAACUCCUUUUCUAUACAUACCUUUAGUGAAAUACAAAUUGUAUCCUUUUAAAUGACUUUUUUUCAUUGUUAAGAAAUGAAUUAACAUUACACUUUGUUUCUACUAUCAUCCUUUUUAGUUGAGUUUUUACUCCUAAGGUCAAGUUAAAAUCUCAUAUAUUACACAUGUAAUCUUCCUUUGAUUACUUUCUAGUUAUAAAACAAAGAUUAAUUUAAAAGACCAAGUGGUUUUCUCACAGCAGAAAUCAGAAUUCAUCCUUUAAAAUUUUGUACAAAGACACAAAAUUUUAUUUGCCAUAAAUAUUGCUAUUUGAAUUCACUUUUUCUGUGGGUUCCUUAGAAAACUGCUUUAAUAUUACUCACAGUAUCAUUUUGCUAUGUGUUAUCACCACCUAUUCCAUGAGUCUCAAAUACUCUUAUUGGGGGAGGGGAUUUAAUUUCUAUAUCCCUAAAUAGUAGGGUUCUGUUUUUUGUAUGAUAGUAAUUGCUUAUGAACUACUUCAAAGAGAGAAUAAAUUGUUAUAGUAAUAGCCUCAGCUUUCCUAAACUUUUUUUUGUUUGUUUCAGUAUAUUUAUAAAAACUUAACUUUUCUGCAAUUGUAUUUGUUGAAAGCUUUGGCUGUUUGUUUUUAUAUAAUUAUUUGGUAUGUUUUCCUUCAAUGAUUGGAAUAAUUUUGUACCAUUAAAAAAUUCAUUGAAAGUAUUCUGUAGUAAAUAAAGUCUGUACAU